UUUGAGUAGGAACGGUUCUUCUGCGGCACGCUUUCGCACCUACGUCACUUCCUGUGAAUCUCUCAUAAAGAAAGGCCUGGCGGGAUUUCCGUGGGCCAAUUUUUUGGGUUUGUUCGGUGAAUCCGGCGUGUAUCGGAGCCAUCAGAACCGCAGACAUGACGGUGGGGAAGAGCAGCAAGAUGCUGCAGCACAUCGACUUCAGGAUGAGAUGCAUCCUGCAGGACGGCCGGAUCUUCAUCGGCACGUUCAAAGCCUUCGACAAACACAUGAACCUGAUCCUGUGUGAUUGCGACGAGUUCAGGAAAAUCAAGCCAAAGAACUCAAAGCAGCCAGAGCGGGAGGAGAAGAGGGUUCUGGGUCUGGUUCUUCUGAGGGGGGAGAACCUGGUCUCAAUGACGGUGGAGGGCCCACCUCCUAAAGAUACCGGUAUAGCUCGUGUCCCAUUGGCGGGCGUGGCUGGAGGACCGGGUGUGGGCCGAGCAGCGGGUCGCGGCGUCCCUGCAGGAGCUCCGAUGCCUCAGGCUCCAGCUGGACUUGCUGGGCCAGUCAGAGGAGUGGGCGGGCCUUCACAGCAGGUGAUGACACCGCAGGGCAGAGGGACAGUUGCCGCAGCAGCAGCUGGCGCAAGCAUUGCCGGAGCGCCCACACAGUAUCCACCUGGACGAGGAGCCCCGCCCCCGAUGGGCAGAGGAGCCCCGCCUCCAGGUAUGAUGGGCCCGCCACCUGGCAUGCGGCCACCAAUGGGUCCUCCGAUGGGGAUGCCUCCUGGUCGAGGAGCUCCGAUGGGAAUGCCACCCCCAGGCAUGAGGCCCCCACCCCCCGGCAUGAGAGGACCGCCCCCUCCUGGGAUGAGACCACCACCCCGACCAUGAAGAAGCCCCGCCCCCUCACACUCACCUGUUGUAUAGAUUGUUUUGUUUUUUAAGGAAAAGCUUGAGUGGUUUUUUUUUGUUUUUUUUUAAAUAAAGUUUCAUCAGGAUGGUUUAACUA